CUUGUGUUUUCCACACAAGCUAGAAAUUCUUAAUUUUGCGUUUUCACAUGUGGAAAAGAAUGUUCCAACACCUGCCUGUAAUUGUGGGUGUAUGCAUUCCUAAUGCAAAAGGUAUGUACUGCAUAGGAAGGUGAUUAAGGGGGUGGGGGGGCGGUGGCACACACGACACCCAGCACAUGCAAAUACACAAGAGGACUCAUCCUCAUUGUUUUAGGUUAAGCUAAAAUUUCUAAACAUGAAUAAGCAGAGGAGCUGAGCAAAAAGCAGGUUCAUGCCUGGAGCCUUCCAGGCUUCUUUUCACUCCGUGCUCAUCUGCUUGUGCAACCGCAGCUCCAUUCUCGCUGCCUGGAGAGGAGGAAGGAGCAGCCUCUGCUGCCGAGGUGCUUCCAGCUCUCCGCAGGCGGGCAGGAGACAGCGUUCCCAAGGCCGGCUCGCCGCAGCUGAGGAGACAGCACUCAUAGACCCUCCUUUGAUUAGGAUGUGUCCGUGUUGUCAGGGCAACUGUUAACAGCGGCGUAUCAAAUUUUCUCCUCUUGUAUUGCGUGCUGAAUAUUUUAGUGUGCUGGAGCUGGAAGAAGGUGCUGCUGCAAGGAACCUGGAGCUGUGGGCUGGGAUCUCUGACUGAACAGGUUAAGACGGCAAAAAGCAGCAUCCAAACCAAUGUGCCUUUAAUUAGGGUUUUUCUUCAAGGAGGGGAACAACUGCAAGCCUUUCGCUGUCGACUAGAUGUUGGUAUUUGUCAGCUGUUUGCAUACUGCUUAUCCAUAGGGGAUCUGUUACAAGUGCUCAAAUGAACAGACAGCCUUGCAGCUAGUGGCUAAUCAGGGGCUGGAGUUUCUUACUUUUUUUUUAAUAAGCAGAAGGCAACAGCAACAUGCCUGGUUCAACUACUGCCCUCCGACAAGAGAGACUGAAGAAAAGUGCCAGGCCAAAUCCCCCAGGUUUAUUCACCAUUAAUGAAGAGGAUGAGCAGCAAAAAAAUGGGAAUUCCAUGAGACUGAAAGCAACUGAAGGUUCUGAAACACAAGAUAAGAAAGUCACUUCAGGACAAAGCAACGCUGGAGCUAAACCAGAUCAUCCAACAGUACUAAGGGUUGAUGACAGGCAACGGCUUGCCAGAGAGCGGAGAGAAGAGCGAGAAAAACAGCUAGCUGCAAGAGAAUCCGUCUGGCUAGAAAGAGAAGAGAGAGCACGGCAACAUUAUGAAAAACACCUAGAGGAACGCAGAAAGAAGCUAGAAGAGCAGAGACUAAAGGAAGAGAGAAGACGAGCUGCCGUAGAGGAAAAGCGAAGGCAGAAACUAGAAGAAGAGAAGGAACGACAUGAAGCUGUUGUACGUCGCACAAUUGAAAGAAGCCAGAAGCCCAAACAAAGGCAAAACAGGUGGUCCUGGGGAGGAGCACUACACAACCGCAUUAACAACACAGGUUAUUUUUUUGAAUCAUCAUUCACCUUUCUCGAUUUAGCAGGCCUGGAGCACCACUUCAAAUCUCUGGGUGGUGCUAGAAAACCUGAUCGAGACAGGCGGUCUGUUUCAACAAUGAACCUUUCGAAACAUGUUGAUCCAGUCAUAAACAAGCGGCUCUCCUCCUCAUCUGCAACAUUACUAAAUUCUCCAGACAGAGCUCGCCGUCUUCAGCUCAGCCCAUGGGAGAGCAGCAUCGUUAGCAGGCUCCUGACGCCCACACACUCAUUCCUGGCUCGGAGUAAAAGCACAGCUGCAUUGUCUGGAGAUGCAGUUAUCCCCGUUUGUCCCCGUUCAGCAUCUUGCAGCCCCCUCAGUCCUCUGUCCUACAAGGCGCUGAGCUGUAGGAAUUCAGGAGAACGAGCGAAACUUUAUGCUUCCACUGAUGCCGUUGGACGUCGGAGAACAACGCACCUUGCAGGGGCUGACAGAAGAGAAAAGGACCAUUUGUCAUCCAGCUUCUCAGCCAACUUUAAAGGAGGUCAUUUUACUUCCAGCCUCAAAGCUAGAUCAUCAGCUCCCUCUCCAGUCUGGCAUGCGUCAAAGUCUUUGCCUUUUUUGCCUGGCACACCCAAGCAGAUCACUUCCCCACCUGGUUCCUCCAAAGUUUCCUCUGCUCAGACACGUCCUCCCUCUCCUGGCAAUAUCCGGCCAGUCAAAAAAGAGAUCAAACCAGAAGGUGAGAAGAAAAGACCAGAAAAGGAGGCUGAAAAGGCCAAAGAGGUGAGGACAGAAGAGAGUAAAGGAACUUCAGCAGGUGCUGGAGAACCUGCAAGUCAGGAGCAGCUCCCUGUCCAAGCAGAGCUAACUCAAGCAGCCAGCCCAUCCCUACCUCCUGCUCUCCCAACUCCUUCUCCAGCUGCAGCACUGCCCAAGCCUUCUGCAGGUACGACUGACCCUGAGGAAGCAACAAGGCUGCUGACUGAAAAGAGGCGCCUCGCCCGUGAGCAGCGGGAACGGGAGGAGCAGGAAAGGAGGGAGAGAGAAGAGCUUGAAAGACAAAAGAAAGAAGAGCUGUCACAGAGGAUAGCUGAAGAAAGAGCUCGCCGAGAAGAGGAGGAAGCUCGCAGACAAGAAGCAGAAAAACAAAGGAAGGAUGCAGAGGAGCGGGAAAAGGAAGAACGGCUGCGCCGCCAGGCAGAAGAGAGAGAGCAGAAGGAGAAAGAAGAGAUGGAGCGCAUUCAGAAACAAAAAGAAGAGGAAGCUCGCCUGCGGGAAGAGGCCGAGAGGAUUCGAUUAGAACGUGAAAAGCAUUUCCAAAGAGAAGAGCAAGAGCGCUUGGAAAGGAAGAAGAGGCUUGAGGAGAUCAUGAAGAGAACUAGGCGUGUAGAAGCUGUAGAUAAGAAAUCCAGUGACCAGCAAAAUGGACAUAUAUCAAAGGCAAAUAUUACUGGAGAAGCAGUCGCAGGCAGCCCUGCGUGUCCAUCGGAGCCGGCAGCAGGGCCCCAGCUGCAGCACGCGGUGCCACCUCCGCACAAUGGGACGCCGGCCGCCUGCGUGCACGGGGGCGUUCCGCACCAGCCCCCCGCAAAUGUGGACAGCAAUCUCAAUCCAGAGGAAAAUGCAAAUGAAAAUGGAAUGUCUAUGCAGAAUGAUAACUUUGAAGAGAUCAUGAACCUGCCUAUUGGUUCUAAACCAUCCCGGCUGGAUGCUAUGAACAAUGAUGGAAGCAACAGUCCCGAAAUUCCUUUGAAUCCAAUUCUAGCCUUUGAAGAUAAGGGGACUCUUUUGCCUCAGGUAGAUAAUGUUCAAACACAUCAAACAGCAGGUAGGUUUGCUGUGGUUUACUAACACUUGUAAUUUGUUGUAAUUGACAGAGGUCUGAGAGCUUUCAAUUAAUAUAAUCUGAUUCAUUUAAGCAUUUCUAAACUCUAUUUUUUAAAUUUAAACUCUGUUUAAAUUUUAAACAAAUUUAAAUUACUUGGGGAAAGGAGAACAUAUCUUUGUAAAGCUAUGCAUGCCAGGCACAUACAGAUGCAGUGCAAUGGUGGUGAGACCUUAUAGUUUCUGAAUGAGGGCUUCUCACAUGUGUUUUACUUUCUGCCAUUUGAAGUUGCUUGGAAAAGUUUGCCCUCUGCUUUCAAGCAGAAGUGAUAGGUGACAGCUGCUGUUCUGACCUUAUGAUCAGCAAUUGGGUUCCAUUACUGCAAGUGCAGUGCUUGACAUGCACAUGCAGAAGGGGAGUAACUACUUUUUAAAAACUAAUUUUUGGAAUUCUGGAUGUGCUUUCUUCAUCGAGUUCUUACAGGCAUCGAGGGAUGGUUUUCAGGACACUGGAUUUUUCUGAAUUAUAUCAGAGCUUUUCAAGAAUGCUAGGUAAACAAAUACUGAUUUAGCAAAUUAAAUGGGAUAGCACUGUAUUUUUCUCUGGCCUAAAAAUGUAAGGAAAAUCAUCUCACAUUAAAAUAAUUGUAUAAGUGCAUAACAUUUUGAAGAAUUGCCACUCUACCUGUCAUGUUUGCCUUCUGUUUUAGAAGUGAUCUGAUUGUUUCUUCUGAAGAACCAAAGGUGACAUGAGCAUCUCUGCAGUCAGUGGAGUUUCUUCCAUGCUAUGAAGGAGUGUUUUGUUUUUUCUCUCCAAUUUUUUAAAGAUUUCUUGACUGUCUUUUUUGGAAGAACUUUAGUAAAACCAGCAGAAGAAAUGAGGGGAAUAGACUUGGAUCACCAUUCUAAUAGCUUUCAUCACUAGAAAAAUCAUGCUUCACGUGCGUUACUUAAUAUGGCUAUUUCCAACAAGCUUUUUUUGUUAGUAAAUUAAUAUUUCUGCAUUCCUUAAGACACAAGACACUGGAAUCUGAAAGUAACGGGCUGAUUUGGGUGGUGGGACUGAUUCUUUUUUGUUCUUACUAAAGGUGGGUGUUGGUUUAAAAGGCAUAAUUGUAAAAUUGGCAAAGAAUCUUUUACACUUUAUGGUUCUAAUACUUGAAAAAUAAAUGCCUCAUUGCUCUACAAGUAGAGUUAAUGAGGUGUUUUAUUUAAACCUGUUGGUUUAAAUAUUAUUGCAGAGAACUCUAAUUAUAGGGGCGAACUAUAGGCUUCUGUAUCAAGUUCUUGUAAAUGUAAUUCCUACAGGGACAUUCUGUAAAUUGAGAUGUCACUAUGAUCUUCUCACAUUUUCUCUAAAAACACAAAACAAGAAAGGUUUUAAAUUGUGAAAAUUUGAAAGCGUUAUUUUUUCAUGGACAAGAGGAUAACCUAUUGUUCUCCUAGAUUAUGUAUUUAUGAGUUUUGCUCAGUACAGAAAUAAAUAAUUUGAUUGAAUAAAUUAGACAAAUGUGGUAAAAAAGAUACUGCAAACUUGAUUUUUUUAGUUGCAUCCAUAUUCGCAAUACUAUAAAAGAUGUGUAUGCAUAUGUGCACACACAUGUGCACACACAUACAAGGAAAUACCUUGUUCUGAGUCCUGUAAAUUGCUGCUGUUCCCAAUGAUGGAAGACUUUUCCUUUGCCUUAUCAGACUUUUGAAGACUGUGUGAAACCUGGGAUAUUUGAGUUUUGGAUGAUGAUGCAGGUUCAGGGAUUUUUGGGGUUUGCUCGUUUCAGAGCAAAUGGAAAAUAGUCAUUGUUUGUGCUUUUUUAUGUAGUGUGUGGUUUUUAUAAAGCAGUGCAGUUUGAGUGAGAAGAGGAGCGAUGCAGGUUGCUUUCUCCUUAGUUUGAUGCUGAUUUCUACUGUCAUUCAUUUUUCCAUCCCACACUUUUGGUUGCUGUUGUGCAGAACUGUAAAAUAUUGCACGUUUUUGUGCUUUGCUAAACAAUGCUGUUGGAGGCAGAGCUUGCUCUGGGUGUUUGAGUUUGCAGCAUCGCCAAAGGCUUGAGGCAUUGCUCUGAAUCAGUGAGAAGAUCCUUGGGUAGGGGAAAUGGAGGUUCAUGGGCUCUUAACUCCUGCUAACAGAGAAUUUACCAUUAAGAUUCCUGCACUUGCCUUUAGUGAUCAGUGAGCGAGGCCUCUAGGAAGCUGUGCAGAAAGUCUGUGCUAGCAGAAGAAAUCCUGUGAGACAAAAGCUGAAGAAUUUUUGAAGAAAUUUCUGCUGCUGCCAAGUGUUCAUCUUAUAGAGGAGAUGGGAUAAAAGCAAUGGAACUAAAAUGAAAAAGACUUCAUCUGCCAGAGUAUUUAUGGAAGGGAAAAACAGCCAUUCAGUCAGAAUGCUUUCAAUAAUAACUUGUGACAUGGUAAAAUGAAUUGAGUUCCUUUCUUGCUUUCUUUAGUUUUCCAUGUACAUAGCCACAAUAUUUUGAAGUGUCCAAAAUAUGUAGUUUUUCUUUAAAAUUAUAUAUAGCAUGUAAGUACCAAAUAAAAUUUGUUUGAAAUAUUUA